AGCUAAGCAUUGGACAGCCCGUUCCAGUUAGUUUAGAGUUCACUGAUAAAAACAGAUAAGUCGGUCUACAGCUUCGACAGGUCUAAGUUAGUAAGUUAGCGGAUAUUUACUGUUCUACGUUGGGUUUUUGCAUUGUCUUGGAAUAAAGAUGUCUGAUUUUAUUACUAUUAAAACAGAAGUUGAAGAAGAACCACUCGUUACUCAGCCAUGUAGUGUUCGGCUAGAAAAGACGAAUGAACCAGCUGUUUGUGAAUUGAGCAUGAAUAGCGUGAUUGAAAACCAAAGGAAAACGUUUUUUGAGGGUUUUAAGUACUAUAUCACCGAUUUUCAGAACACCACUCUCCAAAAUGAAGAGCAGGCAUUGUUGAUGUACAGUGCACUCAGCUCGGCAGUUUGCAAUGCUUUAUCGUCCUGCAGCUCUGAAAGAAAUGACGUAACAAGGCUGGGGAGGCUACUUGCUGAGAUGUCGAAAAAGUUGGAUGACAUGUUGAAGGCGUCUAAUCCAAUUAGCUUUGAUGUGGGACGACCUAGUACGGCCACUUCUGAAAACCAACAUCCACACUCACAUUCAGACACAACGGAGUUCGAAAGUGCAGCAUUUCAAUCUACACAGAUAGAUUUUAACCUUGAUGAAUCUAAACGUAGGUUUGGAUGUGAACCUUCUAGUUCAAGACCAACCACAUCCAAUCAGUCAAUGUUCAAAGAGAUUCUACACUCGAAAAUGCAAAACAAAGAUCGUGUUUCAGGCCAGUCAUCUGAGUCUGAGUCUGAGUCAGGCCAGUCAUCUGAGUCUGAGUCUGAGUCAGGCCAGUCAUCUGAGUCUGAGUCUGAAGUCAAGGACUCCUCUCAUCGAGAGAAUGCCGUUAUUAAAAUAAGAGAUUGGAGGAUUAAAGUUCAUGAAGAAGAAAGAAAGGUGGAACUUCUCGGCUGUUACUUGUCCAAUUCUUCCAGUGAAGAAGUUUCGUUUGGAAUUGUGAUCUGCAGGAAGAUGAAAAACUUGAUACAAACGAAGAAAGGACUUUAUCAUCUUGUUGGCGAAAUGAAGAAAAACAAAGAUUUGCCUCCCGUAGUCUGUCAACGAUUCAAGUACGGUUUCCCACAGAAAUGGAGAAAAUUUCUCGAUGACUCUGGUGUCUUCAAGAAUUGAUUCAGUUGGGGCAAACUGAGCCGCUUCGGCGAGCGGGCCAAUAAUUUCAACAUUGUUUCAAUUCCAAGUUGAUUGUUUUGAAUUAAUAUAGUCUACUGUUACAGAGAGACUAUGCCUUUUGAAAAUAUAAACGGUUACCUGAUAAGUACCUUAAUUUGUGUUAUGAAAUAUGAUUGAUAUCCAACUAUUUAAUAAAUUUCUCAAUUUGAAAGA